AUGGAGCGACUGCACCAGCCGACGGCGCACGAGUUACGCCAGCAGCGGGAGGAGGCGGAGCGGCGGGAGAAAGCGCGGGAAGAGAUGCUGGAGAGGCAGCGGAACGAAGAGCAGCGAAAACAGGAGCUGGUAACCCGCGCGGCGACGAUCAUCGCAACCGCUGGGAUGCCAGGCGCGCGGGAAUUCCGCGCGGAGCAGCUGCGGCGGGAGGAAGAACGGCGCGCGGAAGAACUGCGCCAGCAGGAGCGGCGGCAGAAGGAAGAGGAGGAGCGGCGGCAUAGGGAAGAGCGGCGCCAGCAGCUGAAAACUCGCGCGGCGACGAUUGUCGCUAAUGCGCCGUCGUGGGAGCAGGCGCUACAGCAGCAGCUGCGGCAGCAGAAUCAUGCCGCUACAGUCAGUUUGCUCGAUCCGGACAUCGACGGAAUCUUGUGCGUGAAAGCGACGGAAACGGAAACGGAAACGUCGCCGGUGCUGUUGCCGCGACGUCGCCCACUGACGCUACAGAUCGACGACGCAAGCGACAGUAACGUUGUAACGGUCGCUUCCCCCGCGACAGGCUCCGCCAGGACUCCGCGGCAAGGCGCGGAACGCAGCCCGCGAUUAACGCCGCUGGCGACGGCGGCGUUCGCGUCCUCGCAAUCGGUUUUGGCGGGAUCGAUCUCCCGGGCCGCGACUCGCUCGUUCGGAUCAUCCUCCGCGCCGCCCCCUUCCGCGGCAUUCCUUCCGCCCAAGUCCCCCCCCGCGCCAAUCUGGGGCGCAGGCGCAGUUUCCGCCAGAGAGAGUCAGGAGGUGAAUAGGCCUGACGGUAGUCGACCGGAGGCGAUCAAAUCGCCGAAAGGCGCGCAGCAGCUUUCUUCGUUGUCAGGUGGCUGCUCCGCGCGGAGCUUGCACGGGCAGCAGCGGCAAUCAUUUCACGGGCAGCAGGGCGAGCCGCUCGGGCAGAAAAACGGGCACGUAAAAAAGUCGGUGUCGUUUCCUGACAUCGGGUGUCUUCACCCGCCCGGGUGUCUCGGAAAGGCCGCGGACCGCGGUACAAGCACUACGUGUAACAGCAGCGAGAUUCACGGCGGAAACACCAUUGCUAGCAGCGGCUCCAGCCGUAGCCCAAGAGCUUUGCGCGGCGUGUCGGCAAUAGAAAGGUCAACUAGGAGAGGCGACUCGAUGGAUCUUAGUGACGGGCACUCAGUAGUUAAAGAAGACGACUGGGGUCGCGCGGGAAUGGAUAGGCGCGAGAGGAGGAGAGGAGGCAGCGACGGGUGCGAGCCGUCAUUCGCGGAUGACUGGGCGGGCACUGUAGCGAGAACGCUUGUAUCGAGUACGGUUGUGGCGAGCGGGUGGGAGCGCGAGAUCAGCUUAGCGGAUAUGCCUCUCGAAUCCGCGCCGCCAGUGCCAGUCGCGUCCCCCCGCCCGCCCUUGGCUGCUGCAGCCCCCGCGGACGCGCCUGGAACUCAGAUUGAUCUGCACGAUAGCCCUUCCUCCUCCUCUCCUCCCUUCCCGCUCCCGCUCUCUCCCUCUCCGCACUCUCUCCCUCGCCACCCUUUCUCUCCUCACUCCCCCUCCCAAGACGCUGGAAGGCACUAUGGCACAUCGCCAACCCCACCAGCCUUCCAGGGCGCGAGUAGAAAGAAGGAUUCUCGCCCGCCUCUCUCCCCCACCUGCAUUCCCCCCCACGCCUCGCCCACCGGACCUGCCUCCAAGGCCCGGCACGCCUACCCCCGGAGCAAGAGCUCCGCCGAAGCAGAGGGUUCGUCUCCGGAAGGCAAAUCUCCCGAACCUGAGUAUUCUCCGGGUUGGGAUGGUGUUGGCGAGGCCGCAGCAAACGCAGCGGGUAGUGGCCGAUGGGAGGCGAGGCGAGAGGCAAGGCUUGGAACCAAUUCUGCUACUGAUGCUGGUGCUGCCGGCUCAGCCCCAGGCACACGCGAGGAGGCAGACGCAGAAACAGACGAGAGAGGCCAGUGGGAGGAGGCUGAGCUGCACAUCCAAACACGGUUCUUCAAGGCCAGCCGCAGCCGCCUCUUCAGCCUCGCAGCCAAGGGCCUCUCCUCCUUCUCCAAACUCCUUGCUGCUGCCGGUGCUGCCGCUGGCGCCGCUGCUGCUGGCAUGGGCGUGGGGGUUGUGGGGGUGAAUGUGCUGGGUGGGGAGUUUGGGGAGUUGGAGGAGCGGUAUGAGCUGGAGGGAGGGAAGGAGCUGGGUGCGGGGCAGUUUGGGGUGACACGGGUGGUGGUGUGUCGGAGCACUGGGAGGCGGCUCGCAUGCAAGACCAUCAACAAGGCUGCCUUCAAGGUGUGUGUUGUUUCUGCUCCGUCUGUUUUCUCGUCUUCUCGACUCCUCGUUUCCUCGUCCGUGCAUCUCUUGUUAUCUCCCCUCUCUGCCUCGUGCUUCUUGCUUCCCCUUUCCCCCUCACCAAUGCUCUACCCUUUCCCAUGCUCGGCCCCCUCCCAUGCUCUUGCUUCCACCCCUCCACACCCCAGUGCAAGUCCGACAUCAAAACCAGCUGCCAUCAGCGCCACCCCGUCCCAUUCUCUCUCCCUUUCCAUGCUCUCCCCUUCCUUCUUGCCCCAACCCCUCAACAACCAGUGCAAGUCCGACGUAGAAAACGUGCGUCGCGAAGUGGCCAUCCUAAACCUCCUCAAAUCGCAACCCAACGUGAUCCACCUAGAGGAAGCGAUCGAAACCCCCCACGCCAUCCACCUGAUUAUGGAGCUGUGCUCGGGCGGCGAGCUAUUCGAGCGCAUCAAGGAGCGGCGGCGGUACAGCGAGAGGGAGGCGGCUUUGGUGAUGCGCGCGGUGCUGGGCGUGCUGCAGAGCUGCCACCAGCGCCACCACGUGGUGCACCGCGACAUCAAGCCCGAAAACAUCCUCCUCGCCCACCCCUCCUCCCACACCGACGUGCGCAUCAUCGACUUUGGCGUCGCCACUUUUCUCAAGCCCGGGGGGAAGAUGUUGAACGAUGCGGUCGGGUCGCUGUUUUACAUUGCCCCGGAGGUGAUUGGUGGGUCGUAUGGGACGCCGGCGGAUGUGUGGUCGGCGGGCGUUGUCCUGUAUGUGCUGCUGGCCGGCGUGCCGCCGUUUUGGGCGGAGACGGAGGCGGGGGUGGCGAGGGCGAUCAAGGAGGCGGAGGUGGGGUUUCAGGGGUCGGCGUGGAGGGGCGUGUCAGAGGAGGGGAAAGAUUUGAUUCUGCGGAUGCUGGAUCGGGAUCAGAAGAGGAGGGUUUCUGCACAGGAGGCUCUAGGUGGGUUCUGGUCGCACAGGCCCUUCUUUGGACCACUGGCGAACUGCCACGUGGAGACCAUCUUUGCAGCCGUGGCGCGCUCCCUGCCAGCCGUGCGGUUCAGAAGGGAGUGCCUGAGAAUGGCGGAUGGCGGUACGGUGGCGCUUGAUUGGCCGAUAGGGGGCGAGGCGCUGGAAGGCACGUCGGCCAAUGGCGAGGUGCCACCUGGCACUCCCUGGCUGAUCCUGCUGCCGGGGCUGACAGGCGGCAGUGGAGACACGUAUGUGAGGCACAUGCUGGUGCGGGCCAGGCGGGCAGGGUGGGGCACUGUGGUCUUCAACUCGAGGGGCUGCGCCAACAGCCCCGUCACCUCGCCACAGUUCUACUCCGCAUCAUUCACCGAGGAUCUACGGCAGGUGGUGCGCCACGUGGCAGCACUACAGCCGCUCUCACGCCUCUAUGCGGCCGGAUGGUCUCUGGGGGCCAACAUCCUCGUGCGCUACCUGGGUCAGGAGGGAGAGGAGGUGCCGCUGGCAGGAGCCAUCUCUCUCUGCAAUCCAUUCGACCUCUUGCUGGCUGAUAGGAACUUCCACAUCGGAUUCAACAACUUCUAUGAUCAACGGCUGGGAUCGACUCUCAGGGGUAUUUACGCCAACCACGCCCCUCUGUUUGAGGGGCUGGGAGGCGAGUAUGACAUAGAGCUCGUUGCACGGGCCAAGACCGUGCGCGACUUUGAUGUGGGGCUCACACGAGUGUCAUUCGGCUAUCCCACAGUGGACGCCUAUUACAGCGAUGCCAGCAGCAGCCGAAGCAUCAAAGACGUGCGCUUGCCUCUGCUGUGCGUUCAGGCUUUGUAUGAUCCCAUCGCACCUGCGGAUGGAAUUCCGUAUGAGGCUAUCGAGGCUAUGGAUGAUCCCAUCGCACCAGCAGAGGGCAUUCCGUAUGAGGCUGUUGAGCAAAACCCCGUCACCAUGCUUGUUGGCACAUCCCACGGGGGCCAUCUGGGCUGGGUGGCCAGUCCUGAGGCUCCUUUCGGUGCCCCGUGGCCGGAUAUACUCACUAUGGCUUCUUUGCUUAUUCAUUCUCUGAUUCCUCUUGCCUUGCAGAAAAACCCCCUCACCAUGCUUGUGGGGACAUCCCACGGGGGCCAUCUUGGCUGGGUGGCGGGUUCUGAGGCUCCCUUUGGGGCACCGUGGCCGGAUAUCCUCACUAUGGAGUUUCUCGAAGGGUUGGAGAAGAGGGCAGUUGAGGACGAAAGCGAGGGUAUUCCCCAAGAGACUGCUUAUGAGAAGUUGUUUGGGCAAAGGGAGGAGUUGGAGGUGGUUGGAGAGGGUUCAGCGGGUGGUGAGGGUGGUCGGGGUCCUGAUGUGGGUGGUGAGGGAGGAAUUAAGGUUUCAUGGUAA